CAAGGUUUUCAUAAUUUAUAUCAGAUAAUAUCCACUAGUGAGCAGUCACUGGAGGAACCAUAGUAUUAUUCCACACAUAAUAUUUUUCUGUUCUUCCUCUGCUUUAUUCCUUUGUUUCCUGAGAAAAUGAUAUAUAAACCAUAGAUUUUGAGAAAUAUCAGUAUCCUGGAAUUCCUUUGCUGAGAGGAAAGAUUUCUUGACAUUAUUUGUUCAUUAAUAGUAUUGAGGACUCUCUGAAAAUCAACUCUUGGGAGUUAAAUCCCUCAGACUAUGGAUAUUCUACUUUAAAGGGUAUCGUUGCCUCCACAUCAUCAGUCUGCUUUGCUGCGCUGUUCUAAUCUACCAAAUACUUGGUUUGAGUUCUUCCUAUUUAUAAUAAAAACCUUUUGUUUACCAAUGUUUUGAUUUAUAUCUUAGUUCUUCUACUACCAAAGUAUAGCUUUGUUAUACUCAACAAACUGGAGUCAAAGAAUGAAAAUAGUUUUGAAAUGUUGUAGCCAAAAUCUCUCCCUUAUUGUUAAUAAUUAUUUCUGAUAGUCCUUAGGCCUCAAAGGAGCUUUGCCUGCACGGAUGUAGACAGCCUGCUUAUCCAACAGUGAGUUGAGAGCAGCCUCAGUCUUCCCAGCAAGUAAGAGUGGAGGCUGGUGAUGUCCACAUGAAAAAUAACUCUCUUCCAGGUUUUGCAAUGGAACAGAUAUGGUUGCUGUUGCUGCUGACAACGAGAGUGCUUCCGGGUUCUGCUGAACAGAUAUGGUUGCUGUUGCUACUGACAACGAGAGUGCUUCCGGGUUCUGCUCAGUUCAAUGGCUACAAUUGUGAUGCCAGCCUCCACAGUCGAUUUCCUGCUGAAAGAGACAUCAAUGUCUACUGUGGGGUCCAGGCCAUUACAAUGAAGAUUAAUUUUUGCACAGUUCUUUUCUCCGGGUAUUCUGAAGCAGAUCUGGCCCUGAACGGAAGGCAUGGGGAUUCUCACUGCAGGGGCUUCAUCAAUAACAACACCUUUCCUGCUGUGGUCAUUUUCAUCAUCAAUCUCAGCACCUUGGAGGGCUGUGGAAACAAUUUAGUGGUAUCCACAGUUCCUGGAGUCAGUGCUUACGGAAAUGCAACUUCAGUACAAAUAGGAAAUAUUUCAGGAUAUAUUGAUACUCCAGACCCACCAACAAUCAUCAGCUAUCUACCUGGGCUUCUUUACAAAUUUAGCUGUAGUUAUCCAUUGGAAUACCUGGUUAAUAAUACCCAACUUGCUUCGUCCUCAGCUGCCAUUUCUGUGAGGGAGAACAAUGGUACAUUUGUCAGCACUUUGAACCUGCUCCUUUAUAAUGAUUCGACCUACAAUCAGCAGUUAAUUAUCCCGAGUAUAGGACUACCUUUGAAAACCAAAGUAUUUGCAGCUGUGCAAGCCACUAAUCUGGAUGGCAGAUGGAAUGUCUUAAUGGAUUAUUGCUACACGACCCCAUCAGGGAACCCAAAUGAUGAUAUUCGAUAUGAUCUCUUCCUUAGCUGUGACAAAGAUCCUCAAACUACCAUCAUUGAAAAUGGUAGAAGCCAGCGGGGCCGCUUUUCUUUUGAAGUGUUCCGAUUUGUGAAACACAAGAAUCAGAAAAUGUCUACUGUCUUCUUGCACUGUGUUACCAAGCUCUGCAGAGCUGAUGACUGUCCCUUCCUCAUGCCAGCUUGUGGCCACAGAGAAAGGCGAGAUGUGGGGAGGAGGACCACUCUGAGUCCCCGGAGUACUUCUGGAAAUGCCGUUCUCUCUGCGGGUCCCAUCAUUACUCGGAGUGAUGAGACGCCAACCAACAAUUCACAGCUUGGUUCUGCGAAUGAACCUCAUUUUCAGCUGAACGCUGUCACCAGUGCCCUGAUAUCAGGAGUGGUCAUUCUGGGAGUCAUGAGCUUUUCCCUGCUUCUGUGCUCACUGGCCCUGUUACACAGGAGGGCGCCCACCAGCUUGGUGUUGAAUGGCAUACGAAACCCAGUCUUUGACUGACUCUCACAGGCCCCUGCUCUCCAGAGAGGGUUUCACUGAUGCUACAGUGUGUGACUGCAGUUGAAUGCCAGCCAGCAUUUGGUAUUUGCAGGCUGGAUAGGUUUCAGUGUAGCUUGUUAGCAUUAACAAUAGUGAGAGAAUUUUGAUAA